CUACUCUCGAAGAUCUAAGCAAAGGCCGACCCGGAGCUAUAAAUUCAGGCAUCAAUUCUCUACAUUGAGUAGGUAACAUUGACUUCAGAGCUUCUUACCUCUCUGGUUCAUAUUGUUCAUAUCUACCCCUGACUCACUUUACUGUCACCCUCCAGUAUCCAGCCGAAGGAAUGCCUCAAAACCUUUUUGUCCGCGCUCUCAGUGCCGCAGUCAUCGCCCUAGCUCUUGGGAUUACUCCCGCUCAAUGCGGCGAGACGGACGAUCUCUUCCUGGAACUGGACGUCAACCAAGUCGCCGACGGCACCGCGGGCUCGUGGAUUCGCGCCCCAUGGGGGGAGUCGUACGUCUCCGCCAUUCAGGAAGGUCGGUAUGGCGACGCCGUCUGGGCGCGCUACCACAUGGACGGCCGCGCUGAGGGAGGCAUCAUCGCCGAGGACAACAGCACCGUGACGGAGGAACUCCUCGAGGACGCCCGGGGCUACCGGUUGGCCACCCCGGAGCUCUUCGCGCAGGUCGCCGCACGCUACAACGCCACGAGCGCGGCCGACGAGCACCCGGAACUGGUCGAACUCAUCGGGAGCGUUCUGACCGAAGACCUGGCCACCCUCGCCGCGCGGGAGACCUACUCAACCAGCUGUAGUGGGGACUACCUGGCCUUGCGAUCGAACUGCAACACUGUGCUGGAGUUCAUGAGUCAGGAUCAGAGUUAUACCGGAAACGUACGCCAGCUCGACUGGGCCGGCGAUUGCUUCUUCCGCGUCGGACCCCCUGGCAGCGCCCCUGGGGUGACCUGGUAUCAGGCCCAUGCGGUCGGCAAACUCAUCUACAACGACUGCCAGCGCACAAAGCCGUGCUGCUCGAACUACUAUGUGUCCGGGUACUCGCCGAAGAAUAGCGGGCACAAGAAGCUGUGCUUGAGUUCGAAGUCGACGGGUUGUUCAUGAGGUAUCACUCAGUACAUGUAUUAAGGUAGAUUUAUGUGGAGGAGCUGUGAUUGGAGAAGUAUACUGAUGAUGUAUGAUGAUACCUGCACGUACUGUACGUACCGAAUUAGGCCAAGGCGGUCAAUCACAUGGUGG